CCAGACCACUUCCGUAUUAAAAAAUGCUGACGCAUAAAUAACGCGACGGCGAAAACGGUAGCCAUGGCUACGUUCCAAACCGCGCACUACCGUAUUAAAGUGCAUGGGAUAAUGAUGAAGCGGCUUUAUGGGUGACGCGGCUGUUCUGGUCUGCUAUUUAGUAGGCUAGUGUGCGGUUUGGGACGGAGCCCGUGAGUAACCGCUUUCAUACAAAAGGGGGAAAAAAAACAAGCGUAUGAAUUAAUAGGAGAAAUAAAAGCGACGAAUUUGGUGAAAUGGGUUCCGAGCCACCGUCCUCGCCUCAGCUGGUGGACGAAGGAGUGGACGAGGAUGACGAGGAGCUGAGCGGGGGAGAAGAAGCCGAGCUCCGGGUGUCUUCAGGACGAGGCUCGGUGCUGACUCGGAGAGGAAUCACACUACGCGUGCUGCUUAAAGACGGCCUGGUGGAGCCGGGAGACGCCGUCCUGUCCAUACACUACCUGGGAAAGAACUUUGUGGGCGACCUGCUGACCGACGGGAAGAUCCGCUGGGUGGAAACGGGGCAGAUCUUUAACUCGCCGAGCGCCUGGGCCACACACUGCAAGCGCCUGGUGAAUCCUGCCAAGAAGUCGGGAUGCGGCUGGGCGUCGGUUCGUUACCGCGGGCAGAAACUGGCCCAGUAUAAAACCAGCUGGCUGCAUAAAUACCAGCCCAGUGCUGACAUGAGCCUCGCCAGUGAAGGAGAGGACGACGAGAUGGGAGACGAGGAAGAGGACGAGGGCAAGGCCACUAUCGCGACAGACGAAAGAAACCGGAAAUCCAAGCUAGAGUACCACGAUGUCAGUGUGGUUCACAGGAGAGGAGACCGAGAGAGAAUCCCUGUCAGAUACUGCACACUGGGAACCCGAGACAUCGCCAGAGAUCCUCACACGCUGGUGGAGCUGUCCGCCUUCUCCGCCAUCAACCGCUUCCAGCCGUUUAACGUCGCCGUCUCCAGCAACGUUCUGCUGCUCAUGGACUUUCACUGUCACUUGACCACGAGCGAGGUGGUGGGCUACCUGGGGGGCCGAUGGGACACUACAACACAGCUGCUGACGGUUUUGCGAGCGUUCCCGUGCCGCACGCGGUUGGCUGACCGAGACGCCGCGCCUGCUGUAGAGGAGGAGAUUUGUCAGAACCUGUUCAUGAGAGGGCUCUCGUUGGUGGGCUGGUACCAUAGUCACCCUCGAGGCCCCGCCCUCCCGUCACUGCAGGACAUCGAUUCGCAGAUGGACCACCAGCUCCGCCUCCAGGGCAGCAGCAACGGCUUCCAGCCCUGCCUGGGCAUCAUCUGUGGACCUUAUUACCAUGGCAACCAGGGUGUGGCGUCGACCAUCACGCCGUUCUGGGUGGUUCCUCCUCCGGAACAAAGGCCGAAUGAUUACGGUAUCCCAGUGGCAGUGGAAGUCACAUACGUGCAGGACAACUUCCUCACCACAGACGUCCUCAAUGAAAUGAUGAUGCUGGUGGAGUUUUAUCGAGCAGCUCCUGACCUGGUCAAUUUUAAUCAGAUGUGGUGUUCCGAUACGUCGAUACUGGAGAAAAUGAAGGCAUCCCUGAGUGGCCACGCCCCCAAAGACCAGGCCUACUCUCAGAUCCUAGAGCACGUCUACAACCAACUGCGCAACAUGCAGUGAUGGAAAGUUCUCUCUCUGUUCUGCUGUGUGGGAUCAGAGGAGAUCCCCCUUUGAUCUGAUACAUACACAUACAGGACAGAAUAGAAACACUGAGGAGCUGAGUGCUGAGUCCUGUAUGAUCAUGACUGCCUCAUUAAACACACACACACACAC